GGGUCAAGGAAGAGGAUGGCAGGCAAUGACGCAGCAGAGCGCUUAUCCGUGGUCAGUUUCGGUCUAGCUUUUCCUGCGUUAAGUCCUCAGCACUUGUGGGUACUUGUGGUUGAAGAUAUGUUUGCUAUGGAUAAGAUCGUGUUGGGUAUGGCGGUGUUGCAGCUUGUUGUGGCUCAAGAUGGAGUGAUUUACCAUCCGGGAUCUGGUGGUCAGUUUGGCUUAUUUGGCAGUGGCAGCGCGCCGCCUAGCCCUGUAUUUAUUGGAGGACCUGGCCAGUUCCCUCAGGGUGGCGCAGGCGUUGUCUCUCUGUCCUCGCAGCAAGGGCCAGCAGUCACCGGGCGAGGUGGCGUGAUCUCUCUGCCGUCUCAGCAAGGUCCAGCGUUCAUUGGCGGUCAAGGCGCCGUUAUUUCUCCACCCUCUCAGCAAGGGACAACAUUUACAGGACAAGGUGGUGUGAUCUCUCUGCCGUCUCAGCAAGGCCCAGCAUUCAUCGGAGGUCAGGGUGGCUCUUUCAUUGGCGGACAGGUGUCUGGCCAAGCCGGUGCAUCCGGCGCCGGUUUUCAGCAAGGUGGUGUUCAGGCGGGCGGCGUUCAAGCCGCUGGGCUCAGGUUUCCAUCUCGCGUCAUUCGGGAAGAAGCAACACCCACUGUCACCCGAACGGUUACCAUUGACGCCUUCGAGACCCUGACUGAUCUGGUCUUGCACAGCGUGGCAGUCACCAGGACCCAGUUUUCUCUUGUUAUUACGACCAGAGUGACUAAAAUCGUUGUGCCCACGCCCGUCAACCACGGCCUCGCCCUUACCACGUCUGUCGUCGUUCGCCCUGCGUACGUCACAGUCACUGACACCAAGUCGGACUUCAGGGUUGUUCUGAGGACGUCGGUGAGCUAUGUCACUAUAACCCACACUUCUUAUGACAUUAUGCACGUCCCCUUCACUCUCACCUCUACAGAAACCGUGACAGUGACUUCACCAGUGGUCAGAACGGUUAUCAGCACGUCCGUGGAAGCUGUCACGAACUACCACACUGCAACAAACAUCGUGUAUGUCCAUGGGGGCUAUCAUUAACUCGGUUUCGAUGAGUCGACGGAUAUAGAAUAACCCUUAAAACGUGUCAUGUAAUGUCUGAAAUGGCGUAAUAAAACGAUGCAUAGGCCGUA